AUGAGUUUAUUUUUCAAAUCACCAAUAGAUAUUGAAAUAUCAUUUGAUGAUGAAGAAAGCAGAAAACAUGUGGAAGUACCAGUUAGGCAAGGUCCCAAUGCUAAAACUUUAAAGGAUAAUUUACCUCUUUAUAAAGAUGGUGAAACAAUCAGUGGUGUAGUGACUAUCAGAGUAAAAGAGGGGAAGCGAAUGGAACAUUUAGGCAUAAAAGUCUCUGUUAUUGGGUCAAUUGAUAUGGUCAAAAUUAGCAAUAAUGGUAAGAAUGCUAACUUUGGAACAAAUUCCAUAUUUGAUAGUGUAAAGAAGAAAAGUGUUGAUCAGUUUCUUUGUCUUAGUGAUGAUCUGUGUCCUGCUGGAGAUAUACAGCACACACAGAGUUAUCCGUUUACUUUUAAGGACUUAACUAAACGAUAUGAAUCUUAUAGGGGAAGAAAUGUAGAUGUUAAUUACUAUGUGAAGGUUACUGUAAUGAGAAAAUCUACUGAUAUUACUAAAAAUAAAAAGUUUUGGGUAUAUUUGUACAAUGAUUUAACUUCAAUAAAAAGUAUAGAAGGUGAAACACCAGUUGAUGGGAAUAAAAAUAUCAAGGAUCUUGAUAAGCCAUUUAGACAUGAUAUUGGUAUAGAGAAUUGUCUGCAUUUGGAAUUUGAGUUUUCUAAAUCACAGUACAAUCUAAAAGAGGUCAUUGUGGGGAGGAUAUAUUUCUUAUUAACACGAUUAAAAAUAAGACACAUGGAAUUAUCUUUGUUAACUAGAGAAACAUCAGGAUUAAAACCAUCGACUUUUAUAUUAGAUACAACAGCUAUCAGGUUUGAAAUUAUGGAUGGAUCUCCAGUGAGAGGUGAGACCAUACCUAUUAGAUUAUUUUUAAGUGGUUAUGAUUUAACACCAGAUAUGAGUUGUAAUUAUUUCAAUAUUAAGAAUUAUUUAAGUUUAGUAAUUGUGGAUGAAGAUAACAGAAGGUAUUUUAAACAGAUCCCAAUUGCAUUAUAUCGUACUGAAUAG